UAAUUUAAUAACAAAGGCAAUUACUCAAAAUCUCCUUGUUCCAAUAGAGCAAAAAAAAGAAGUUCCAGAGUUGAAAGCAGGAGAUAUAUCAUGAAGUUACUGGGCUGGAUGCACCGGAAAUUCCGGCAGAAUAGCAAUGAACCACUCAAGGAUUUUGUCAUGGAAAAUGUGGGCACGCAUAUGUCUGGACAGCCACCACAUCAUCAGCAAUACUGCUAUGCUAAACCAAUUUAUGGAACCAAAUUCUACGAACAGAACCCAGCAUACUUCAGAAAAUCCUUCACUGGUAUUGAAACAACACAAGUUGAAGAAGAAGAUCACGAAGAUGAAGAGUCACCAGCAAUUUCUGAGAUAUUCGAUGGCUUUCUUGCAAUUGGUACCCUUGGCUCAGACCCUAAUAUCAGCGCCCCGUCAACACCAACAUUCACCAUCUCCCUGGAGAAUGAAGUAACAGAGAAAGAGCUGAAACUCCUAAAUGAUAAUUUGGAAAAGAUUCUUGGAGCAGAAGUCAAAGAAGACAUUUGUGACGCCUCCUCUGCGAGAAACAGUCAUGUCAGUGCUGGCAGAAGCAGCCAAGGAAGUACAAUCACUCUGAGUGGUAAGACUUUGGAGAUCCCAGAGGCCAACCACAAUGGAAGUAAUGUCUGUCCUCUCCAGGGAUAUCUCUUUGGAUCAGCAAUUGAGAUGUCAGAAACAACAACAGUAAAGAAGGAACAUAGAACAUCCCUGAGAGAGUUGUUUCAAAAAACUAAAAUAACCGAUGAGUAUGGUGGAGGAAGGUGCGAGAGAGAUGAGAAGCGAACAGAGAAGGAUGCAGAUAAAUCAGCAGUCAAUAUGAUGAAAAGGAUGCUGAAGAAAAGAGUUCCACAUCUAUCCAGAAGCUCCACUGCAGCAUAUGGCCGACCAGCAAAUUCAUCCCCAGCAGAAACAAAACUGAACAAGAUCCUACACAUAUUCCACAGGAAAGUGCAUCCUGAAAGUUCAACAUCAAGCAAAACGCACAUGAAACUCCCCAAAGAGAAAAAGAAGCACCGAAGCAUCUCUUCUGAUGGUGCAAGCAACUACCAAUGCCGGACUUUUCCCAAAGGCGAGACUAUGGCACUUUCUCAGGGUGUCAUUCCUCACAAGGGAACAAGAAACUGCUACAAGAGCCAGUUCAACCCUCAGUUCGCUCUAAAAAGUGACUCAAAUGGGAACAGGGAAUUCUGGAUCAAAUCCGACGCCGACUAUUUGGUGUUGGAGCUCUAAGUGAACAGAGCAACAAAACGCUGUGGACAACCGGCUCAACUACUGGGCGGUCGUCCAUGGUCAGUCCCAAGUAUGUAUGGGGCACUAUCUAUCAGCAAAUCUACUAAGUAAUGUUUCCGUUAUUGAUAUAUGCAAACCAUGGUGUGCUUGAUUAAGAGAAACCCGAGAACGGAAUAAGCAAAUUAUCGCCUGUAACGUUAUGAAAAACGCCUACUUUUGAUUGUGGUGAAAGCUUAAUGUUGCUUGCUUGCUACAGAAUCAAACCAAAAACCAAAGUAUCAGGUUUUAGUAAGAGAAAUCUUCAACUUCAACCCAUUAUCAAAAAAGAUUGGGAAAAUCUGAUAAACGUCUAAUAAAGAUAGACAGACAGGAACAAACACAAGAUGGAAGAAUGCCAUGCUUUCGUCAGCUACAUAAUCCGAAGGCAUCAAGACAAACAUAAAGAUCAAGGUGAUAAAAGACAACAAGCUGCAGGACAGCGAAAAACCGACCAGACAGCCUCGCCAUUGUCAACGACAUCAAAAAUCUUGUCGUCAUGAAAACGUCAUCGUACCCAAUAUAGAUUUCGACCGUCGUCUCGAGCUAUACCACUCUCGGAGGAAGAAAAAACACGGAAUCGGAGACACAGAGCGCGUAAGCGAGCGACAUUAGCGCGGAAAUGGAAAAACCGCAAAAAGGAAGAAAUUAACAGGAAAAACCCUUCUUCCUCAAUCAUCUUGAAUCACAUCCAAUUUUCGGAAGACGACGAAAAGAAAACACCGCAAGACAUUUCGUCACCCGUUUCCAAGGCCAUCACACGCGAAAUGAAAUCCAUUGGGGAAAAAAACAAUUACAUUACAAAAAAAAA